CAAGCCUAAUUCCCAAUUCACCUUCUUUCAUCAACCAUAAUAUUUCUAACAGAAAUUGUAAAUAAACUUUCCCUCUCCCUCUCCUACCAAUGGCUAACAGUUCUAGUACCGCCAGUAGCACUGCCGCUUUCGUGGCUGACAGUUCUAGUACUUCUAGCAGCACCGCCGCUUCUACGACGGCAAACCCACGAGAAACCAGAAGCUGGGCAGACGAAGCUGACGAGAUAGAUCAAGCCGAGCAGUCUGAAAAAGCUAGCGCCGAGCCUGAAAUCGGAUCUCUACAAAUUGACGAGUCCAAAAGAGUCAACAACUCCACUCUUGAUGAUCCAGAAGAUUCCAGAAUAGAAGCCGUUACAUCUGGCGACACGUUGUACAAAUCAGCGAAGAGAUUUGAGGAUUUAAACUUGUCUCCUGAGUUAUUGAAGGGAUUAUAUGUAGAGAUGAAGUUUGAGCGACCUAGCAAAAUUCAAGAGAUUAGUUUACCCAUGAUUCUUACGCCGCCCUACAAGAAUCUUAUUGCUCAAGCUCAUAAUGGCUCUGGUAAAACUACUUGCUUUGUGCUUGGAAUGUUGAGUCGGGUUGAUCCGAAGAUUCGUGCCCCUCAAGCUCUCUGUAUUUGUCCAACCAGAGAAUUGGCUAUUCAGAAUAUGGAAGUGUUGUUGAAGAUGGGGAAGUUCACUGGUAUAACAUCAGAAUUAGCUAUCCCAGCAGAUGCAGCCAACUACAUACCAAUUUCAAAGCGGCCACCUGUUUCAGCACAAGUAGUAAUUGGCACACCUGGAACUGUAAAUAAGUGGGUGACGGCAAGGAAACUGGGCAUGAGUUGCAUGAAGAUUCUUGUAUUUGAUGAAGCGGACCACAUGUUGGCAGAGAGUGGUUUUCAGGACGAUUCCAUAAGAAUAAUGAAGGCAAUUGUCAAAGCCAGCGCCGACUGCCAGGUUGGUUAAAGUUUGGCCCUUGUGCUUUUCAAAAUUCCAGUUAAAGU